AUGACUUCUCGCAAACCAGUAGCCAAGAAUGAGUCCAUCGUCAUCGUGGGCGCAGGCGUCUUCGGCCUCUCAACAGCCCUCGAACUCUCAAAGAGAGGCUACAAGAACAUCACAGUCCUAGACCGCUAUCUUCCUCCCGUAAUAGACGGAAGUAGCGUCGACAUCUCCCGCGUCAUCCGCGUAGAAUACGCAGAUCCGUUCUACGGAAAGAUGGCGCGCGAAGCACUCGAUGGCUGGAACGGGCAGUACGCAGAGCACUUCCACCAGUCAGGUUUCGUCAUGCUGUCUGAGAAAAGCGGAAAUACUUUUGCUGAGCAGAGCAAAACUGCUAAUAAAGAGUUGGGUGAUGAAGUGUUGGAGGAGUAUGAGGAUGCGAGGGAUAUUAAGAGGCAGUUUCCUGCUGUGCAGGCUAAGUUGGACGGGUUGAAGGCUUAUUAUAAUAAGACCGGUGGUUGGGCGGAUGCUGAGGGGGGAAUACGGCAGUUGGCUUUGGAGUGCAGUCUUGCUGGUGUUUCCUUCGUUACUGGCCCGAGAGGAAGGGUUGUGUCGUUGAGGUAUAGUGGACGAAAGGUCACUGGUGUCAACGUUGCGGGGGGAGAGCCUAUUGAAGCUGCGCAAGUCAUCCUUUCUACAGGAGCGUGGUCAAACCAUCUUCUACCCAUCAGCCAUGCCUCUUCAGGUUCUGGUCAACCAGUUGGCUUCGUCCGCUUAACACCUCAAGAAGCAGAGAAGCUCGCAGACAUGCCCGUCAUGAUCAACUUGAGCACUGGAGUCUUCAUCUUCCCACCCACACCAAAGACACAUAUCCUCAAGAUUGCGCGACACGGGUAUGGAUGGGCGACUGAGUUUGACGUCAAAGAUCCCUUGGGUGAAUCCAGGACCGUUUCAGCGCCCAAGAGCGACGAGAACAACGCUACGGCGAAUUAUCUCCCCGAAGAUGCGGAACGAGCUCUCCGUGAAGGUCUCCAACAACUUGUCCCCGAGAUCGGCAAUCACGAAUGGUUGAGACAGCGACUAUGCUGGUACUCUGAUACACCCGAGGGAGAUUUCAUCGUGGACCAUCAUCCUGACCGCGAGGGCCUUUUCCUAGCGACGGGUGGUGCUGGACAUGGUUACAAGUUUCUGCCUGUUCUGGGACGGUAUAUUGCCGAUUGUUUUGAGGGAACGGCUUCUGCUGAGUUGAGACAUAAAUGGAGGCUGAGGGAAUCUACUGGGAAGGAUAUGGUGAAGCAGGGUGAUGGAAGUCGUGCUGGCCCUCCUUUGCGAAAGUUGGCGAAGUGGGAACAGGCUAAGCUGUGA